AACAUAUGCCACGCCAUCUUUUAUCAUCAUCGCAGCUGAGAGCACGAUCAACAGGAGACCAAAAUGCGAUCGAGAUUAGCUGCCAUAGCCGGAAGCUCUUACAGAGCCGUGACCGGAUUCGGUUGCGAAACCCCGAGGCGAGGGCUCGUGGCGGUCCCGAAAGGUCGAGCGGCCGAUCCCGAAGUACUCGGAGAAGAGCGAGAAUCCGAGGUGAAGCCCGCUGUUUUCUCCGGAGAGCCAGAGAAAACUAGGGAAGUGUACGAGCCUGACCCUAAAACAGCAUUGAAGCGAGACGUGGAACACGAACUCCCCAUGCCCAGGGGAGACUCCGAGCCGUUCGUGCAGCCCAGGCCGCCGCAUUCCACCUCGCCCAAGCUCCAGAGUACCCCUGUGCACGACCCCGUCGAACCCAUUUACCAACAGAAGCAAAAAAAGGCAUCUGCCACGCCAGUUGAGAAUGUGAGCUGCGCGGGGCUGGAUGGCUCGCCGUGGCCGGAAGGCGACGGGGAGAACCAAUCGCAGGGGAAGAGGGGAGAAGCAGAUGAGGACGACAGGGAGUACUACAAGCACCACAAGGCUUCGCCACUGUCGGAGAUAAAGUUUGCGGACACAAGGAAGCCGAUCACGAGGGCGACCGACGGGACGGCAGACUCGGCGGAAUAUGGGAGAGGGCCGGGUGUGGUUGGGUGGAGGCCGGAGCAGCUGGACACAGCGGAGGAGGCGCUGAUGCGGGCGGCGAGGAUCUGGAAGGAGUCGGCAAUGACGGGGGUCCCUGAUGCGCCGCAGUCCAGAGUGCUGAGGGCUCUUCGUGGUGAAGUAUAAGACUAAUGGAUUUUCCCCGUAAGCUUCAAUUUGGGAAUGUACGUGUAUAACUUAGCGGUCUGUUUUGAGGCAAAAUACGAAUGGGCUCAUUGUAAUAUAAUUCUGCUUGCAGUAAAUUUUGUCUGCUUGCGGGCGGGACGUGCUGGAUCUUUACAACUUGCAAUUUCCAAAGACGGGUCCCUUCAUGUA